GGGUAAUUAGAUGUAUCAGGAAAGUUUGCCGAGUUAGCUGUGAAAACAUUCUUUAAAAAUACUCAAGAACUGAAAGAAGAAAAUGAGAACUUUAAAUUAGUUUUGAAAUGACAGAUCCAAAGAAGCCAGCAUUGCCUCAUGGUUGGGUUGUGAAACAGUCUUCAUCGUAUCCUGACAGAGUGUAUUUUUUCAAUGUUAACACUGGUAACAGCACAUGGCACCUUCCAUCAGUAGAGAUUGCUGCUUACCAAAGUAAUAAAGUUCCAGAAAAAAGAACAAAAUCUUGUUUAUCAAAGCCAGGUGUUUCUCGUCAGCAGACACCAAAAAGUGUUUCGAUUGCCCCUCAACCACAGUUUAGUCCUGAGGCAGAUUCUCAUGAAACUAGUGACGAUGAUUUAUUGGAUCUUACUGAUGAGGAUGGGAAAGCUGAAAGUGAGGGACAUAAACAUCAUAUGGAAAUCUUACAUGGAUCAGAAUCGCCAGUUCGUACAAAUGUUCCACAUCAAAAUUUUAUUCCACCAAGACAAUCGGGUAGUGGUCAGUUAUAUGCAAAACCAUAUAGUUUUGAUGACCAACUUGCUUCAAUGCAAGAUGUUGACAUGAGAAAAGGUUUACUUCCACAUCCAAUCUAUCAAAGGCCAUUGCCGUCUCAUUCUAGUCAAACGAACUAUCAACAGAGAUUGGUGCCAAAAAUUGAAAAUACUCAUAAACAUUCACUACUUACUGCAUCAACAGUAAGUGCUUCAGUUUCUAGAAAUUAUGAUGAACAAACUAUUGUAAAUGAGGCUUUAGGGACUGAUGUCGAUGCUGAUAGAAGUUCAAGUAACAGGUCAUUAUAUCCAUUACGUCUACCAAUAACACCUGAUAAUAGUUGUAGUUUUGUACCCCAUACACCCAGCGAACAACCAUCUAUGUCGGAAAGAGAUUUAUCAUCUAGUUUCCAAACUCUUCCGUCAGUUCAUAGUAGUAUCUUACCAGGGUAUCAUCAAUAUUCAUCAACUCCAAUCGACAAACGGAAUAAUGUGCAAACUAAGGCAAAUAGUAGGUAUCCUGAGUCAAACAAACUAUUUCAAAACAAUAUGGAUACAGAUCUUAGAAUUGAAAGAACUAUCAAAAAUGAUAUUGAAAAUAAAUCUGUUAUCAAACAAAACACAUCAAAUGAGGAACGAAAAAGAAGAUUGAGUGAUUUAUGGACAUCACAGAAAGAUGUGAAAAAAGUAAAAUGUAAUAUUUCUCCAAAUAAUACGGAAGAGUAUAUGUGUAAUGUCAAGUCAGAUAAUAAUGAUGUCAAUAAUUUAAUUCAAAGACCAAAAGUCCUUAGUGCUAAUGAUUUACGACACAAAGUUUUAAAGAAACAUGAAAAUCAAAAUAAUAACAUGCCUCAAGAUUUACGAAAUAAGGUGCAAUCAAAGAAAGUGGUACAAAGUUUUUUUCAACAAGAAACAGAAUUAAAACAUGUAAAAUUGGAAUCUGAUAAUUGUGGUACUGACUUAAACAAACCAUUUAUUCCAAAGAAGAAAAUUUGUAAAUUGGAAACAGAAGCAGGUAAGAGUGAUAUUCGAAAAGUUGUGUCUAAUGCAGAAAGUACUGGUUGUAAUUUUUCCGAUCUAAGAUCUGAGGAUGUUUUCCAGCGAGAUCAAUCUCCCGUAGACAGUGAGGAACCAAGUAAAACUGAUGUUCACAUAGAUCAUGAUAAACUAUUGUCUAUACAAACAUGGAUAGAUAACUUACAGCCGGAUGCUAGUUUUUGUGCUGAUGAGGAAGAAUCUUCCUCUAAGAGGACAUCGCCUGAUUCUGGUGUACUUAGUAUAACAUAUAGUAAUGACUUAGAUAAUCGUAGGAUUGUUGUGGAGAAAGGGACACAACCCAUGAAGACUGUAGAUAGUGGUAUAUCAUCUGUCAGUAACAACACUGUAUUCCAGCCAAUUGUUGAACCAUCGAGAUCUUCACAGAAUUAUCCAAACACCUGUUGGAAAGGGGUUCAUGCACAAGGUGUAGCUAUAGAUCAUACUAGAGAUAUCAUGGACAUGGAGAUAGAUGAUAUCCAGAACAAUCUAACAGAAGAAGACAACAGACCAGUGGAAGAUAUGGAAGUUACUGAUAUUGUUGUAAAAGAAGUUAGAGCAACUUUGAAAAACCGAUCUACUGAGGUUGUAGGAAUGUUAACAGAGAUGAUUUCAGAAGAUACCAACGUGACUUCCAAGUACCAAUCUCACAGGGGUUUGUUUAUAGUUAUAGAUACCAAUGUUUUAAUUGGAAACUUAAGUUUUAUUGAAGACCUGAGAGAUAGGAAUAUUCCUGGUCAUGGUAGACCAGUUUUAGUUUUUCCAUGGGUUGUGAUGCAGGAAUUAGACUAUCUAAAAACAGGAAAAACAACAAGUGCUUCACUUUCUUUGUCAACCGCCAAGAAAGCAAGAGAUGCUGUAACAUAUUUAUACCAAUGUCUCCAAGCCAGUCACCCACGUAUUGUGGGUCAAACACCUGCACAGGCAAGAAUGACGUGUGAUGUUAUAAAACCAGAAUGUAAUGACGACCGCAUCAUAAAAUGUUGUAUUCAAUUUCAAAAUGACCAUCCAGAUUGUAUGGUCAUACUACUUACAAAUGAUAGGAACUUAUGCAAUAAAUCUGUUAUAACUGGCAUUAAGGCAUUUCCUCAACAGAGCCUUUUAUCAGUAUUACCAACAUUAGAAGGAGUUGUGAAUCAUCAGAGACCAAUUGAAGACGAACAGAAUAGUAAACCUGACAGCAAUGCACAGCAAAAAGAAACACCUAUUGUGAUGCAGACUAGUAACAAUGUAGAAAGUGAGGCUCAAUAUUUAGAUGAUGUAUAUUGUAAAGUGAAGUCCUUGAUACAGGAAGCUUUAUCUACAAUCCUGGAAAGAGAAAUGAAGAAAUUGUUUGAUGACAUUUGGUUAAGUAUUGUGUACAGAAAACCACCUUGGUCAUAUAGAGAUGUAUUAGAAUGUUUCAAAAAACAUUGGAUAGCUGUAUUUGGACAGAUUUACAACAGAACAUUAAUCAGAUGUGUGGAAAACCUUCUAGAUCUGAUUGUUAAAGGUGCAAUGAUAAAAUGGUCAAUAGUUGAAGAGAUGAUCUGUGAUGCUAUUCCUUUGUUAGACGAAGAUCUGAAACAUGAGAGUUGCAACAGCAGUAUUUCCAAGAUAAAGUCAGAUUUACUGGAUCUCAAAGGAUGUUGUAAAGGACCAAAGAAAUCCAAUAUUAACCAGAAUUGUCAGCCAUCAGAAAGGCAUCAGAAAUCUACCUCACCAUUUAAACCUCAAAAUCAGCCAACAUCAAAGAUGAAACAUCAACCUAUUCAAUCAUCACAGAAUAAUGACCGAAAUAGACAAUCCCAUAGUGGUCAAGGAAACAAACAAUCAAACAGUGGUCAUGGAAAUCGACAAUCCCACAGUGGUCAAGGAAAUCAACUAACACAUACUGGUAAAAAAAAUCAACAAUCACAUAGUGGUCAAGGAAAUCAACAAUCACUCAGUGGUCAAGGGAAUAAACUAUCUCAGUCUAGUCAAGGAAAUAAACAUGGACACAGUGGUCAAGGAAUUCAGCAAUCACAGUUUAGUCAAGGAAAUAAACAUUCCCAAUCUAGUCAAGGAAAUCAGCAAUCUCAGUCUGGUCAAGGAAAUAAACAAGGACACAGUGGUCAAGGAAUUCAGCAAUCACAGUUUAGUCAAGGAAAUAAACAUUCCCAAUCUAGUCCAGGAAAUCAGCAAUCUCAGUCUGGUCAAGGAAAUAAACAGAGAAAGAGGAGGAAAUCUGGAAACACAAAGUCCACAACACAACAACAGCCAUUUUCUAAAUCAGAAAUUAAACUUCAACAGAUCUGGCAAACCAUACUUAAAGCUAGUAUCGAGUUAAAAGAGAUAGCAGUUAGUACUGAUAGUCCGCAGAGACGUGUGUAUGAUAUGUGUGAUAAACUGGUUCCAGCUGUUAAAGACCUAGAGUACUAUUACAGCAAAGCUCUAAUGAUUUCUCCAGGAGAUAUUCGUUCACACAUUGAAAAUAUCAUAGAACUAUGUGAUCACUUGAACAGUUUUCAUGACAGUGUGGAGAUCGAGGACACAGAAGGACCGAUUGAAACAUUUGACCUGCUUGACCUUUUUGCAGCAGACGACAAAAGAUCAGUUUUGGACAAUGGACAUAAACAGUUAAAAGAUUUUAUGCAGGAGAUAGCCUCGUGUAUUGAACAGCUGCCAGACUGAACUGAUUGGUGCCUAAUGCUACCAAUGAUAUUAGAACAAUCUCGGGCCAAAAGAGUUUUAUGUUGUAUGGAUUGAUUUCAUCUGGCUAAUAAUCAUGGCUUUUACUGUAUUAUACAUACAGAUGAUACAUUUGUAUUCAUAAUAAUGUGUAUAUAAAUGGUUGUGAACAUGAUUGUGUCAGUUUUUAGAGCAAAAGUAUGAAAUAACUUGAAUCUAAAUAUUAUUUUGACUUAAAAGACUGGCUUUAUUGUGAAAGUGUGAAAAUGAUAGGUAGGUGAUGGAAAGUUAUUUCCAAGAAUGAUAGGGUGGUAGUGGAAAGACAUUGUAGAGGUAAUGGAGAAUUCUAAAGAGUAUUGUUUAAGUUGUAUGCUAUAUUUACAACAGCUGUAUCAGAUUAAUAUUUAGCUUUUAUUUUUGUUUAAAAGUGCCACUUGUAUGCAUCAUGGUUGUUAAACUGUAAAAGAAUGUUUUGUAUCUGUGAACAUUUUUUGAUAUUUUUUAACCCCCAAUAUUGGCUGGGGCAUGUAGCAGUGCUAUUCAUAUUAUGUUGGAGCAUCCUUUCGUAAUAUGAUAAUUAUCUGCCCUUUUUAUACGCCCGUCAAAAUUUUAUACACCCGUCAAAAUUUUGACGGGACGUAUUAUGGUAUACAAAUGUCCAGUGUCCGUCCAUCUGUCCGUCUGUCCGGCGUAAACAUGUCGCACCGUAACUUGAGAAUGACUUAUCCAAAUUUCUUGAAACUUAACAUAGUUGUUUCUCAUGAUGGUCAAAUGAUCUGUAUACUUUUUGGUGAAAAUAAGAUUGAAACUUUUUGAGUUACGGCACUUUGUAACUAAAACAGGGGUGUGUUUUUUUCACAUGUCGCACCAUAUCUCAAAAACAAUUCUUGAUUAUGGCUUAAAACUUUAAACACUUCUUAGUUAUAUUAAUCUUAAUAUCUGUAUACCUUUUGGUGAUGAUUCAAAAUUUUAUUUUUGAGUUAUUGAGUAUUUUGUAAAAAAGGGGGAGGGGUUUUUUACAUGUCGUGCUGUAUCUCAAAAACAAUUUAUGAUUAUUGCUUAAAACUUUACACACUUCUUUGUUAUAUUAAUCUAAAGAUCUGUAUACUUUUUGGUGAUGAUUUAAAACUUUAUUUUGGAGUUAUUGAGUAUUUUGUUAAACAGGGGAGUUUUUUUUUACAUGUCGCGCCGUAUCUCAAAAAUAAUUUAUGAUUAUUGCUUAAAACUUUACACACUUCUUUGUUAUAUUAAUUUAAAGAUAUUUAUACUUUUUGGUUUUGAUUCAAAAUUUUAUUUUAGUGAUAUUUAGUUUUUUGUAAAAAAAAAACAGGGUUGGGGGUUUCACAUGUCCCGCCGUGUCUCAAAAAUAAUAUAUGGUAAUUGCUUAAAACUUUCUCAGAAACUAUUUAUGAUUAUUGCAUAAAACUCCACACAAGACGUCGGGCGUAUCAUGCGCUCAUGGCGCAGCUGUUUAUUAUAUUCCUAUCGACAAAUACAUACAUUUUCUACAGGUAAAAGUUUGUUUUUUUGUUAUGUUGAGUCUUAAGAUGUUAUUUUUUUGUCCAAAUAUAUGAGUAAAAUGGCUGUUAUACGUCUGAUAUUUCAAUUUUGACAACCAGAUACCAUCACAAUUUUCAUGGUAUGCAAAAUAAUUAUUGUCAUCCUAAAUUAUCAACUUUGAUAUGCCCCUGCUUCUUAAAAGUGGUUGGAACAUGUAGCUCAUGUUUGUUCUGUCCCACUUUCCUCCUAAAACCCUACAGUUGUCUACAUGUAAAUCUCAACUUGCCGAUAGUGCAGUGUAAUCUAUGUCAAUACUCUAUCCUUCCACUAUACAGAAUUUGACAAUAUCUAUAGUGCUCUAUUAAAAGAUUUCUGUGACCCAAAGGAGGCACUUCUAAAUCUGGGGUAUGGGCGGGGAUUAGAGAUUUUUUACAGGGAAAAUGAAUACUACAAAUGUUACUAUUGCAAGAAACACUUUAUUCUAAUUAAAGUUAUAUAAAUAUACAAAGGUCAUGAACACUUUUUAGAUGACCAGUAAUAACAUUUAUAAACUUGAUAUUUUUUGUUAUUAGUCAGUUUGUUAUUACUUGGAAAAACUGAAUAAAGUUUUAUGUAGGAAGUAGGAAUGUUGCGAAAAUAUACAGUACUUACACUAAGUUUUAAUGUCUGACAGAUAAAUCUAGGAAAAUGUAACAAUCUUCAUAUUAGACUGGUGAUCAAACACAGUAUAAUGGUGAUGUGUAAAUUAUAAUGUCAAUUACAGUAUUGUUAAUUUUGUUUUAGUAGCAUUUCUACUAUCAAUAUUGGUGCUAUUUAAAUGUGCUCAAAACAAAAUGAUGCAUUGAUGUGGUUUAUGUUGUCAAAACUGAAUCUUGUAUAAGUGAACAUUGUCAAUUUGUGUGUGUCUACUUUAUUAUAAGUUUACAUCACACAUUCAAUAUAAUCCAGGGUGACUGUAUACAAGCUGUUUCUAUGACUUGUUGGCUGUCACCACUCAAUCUUUUAUAAAACUCUUUGAGUCAACUUCUGUAGAAUAACUCCAGAUGUAGAUCUGUUAUUGCCAUGUGCCUACCUAAUGCUAUUAUUCUUCAAUAUUAUAUGCUUUCGGUUAGAAAUAUAGACUUGUUAAAAAUACAGUUUGUAAAUAGAUUUUAAGUUUUUAUGGUUUAAACAGCUUAGGUGUUUCUACAGAAAAUUAAAUUGAGAAUGGUUAUUAGGAAUCAUUUUGUGAAACAACUUAAAAUAUAUGAAUGAAUAUGGGACCAGUGCCUGUGCCAACGGACAACAAAGCUAAUACUGUGUUUAUUUUGUUUAUUUUACUACAUUGUAUCAGCAUGAUUAUUCAACAAGAUAAGUAAAUUAAUGAACAGGGUUUACUAUGGUGUAAGAAAUGGGGUUUUGUUUUGCUUCUUUAAGUGUAAGUGGUUGUUAUGAAAAGUUCUUUCAAAGGUAAUUGUUCUUUCAUAUGAUAAUUGUUAUGUCAAUACUUAAAUUGUUUUGUUAUGUUUUGUAAAGCUUUACUUAUGUUGUUCAUCCAUUAAAUAUUUUUGUCACAUUUCUAAGAUACAACUGAAUACAAUGGCCUUAUAUUUUGUCAGGAGCUUGACAGUGGUGACUCAUAAGUGCUUUGUGUAUCUGUCAAACAAAUAGGGUACAUGUUUGUCUCUUCUAUUAAUUAUGAGUCAUAAUAAACAAUACAUGCAACUUUUUGUUGUCAUUGAAAUGACAAGUUGAAUUUUGAGAACAAAUUUUUAUCACUGUAGUUUAGAAAUAAAAAUAUGAUAAUUUGCUAUACUUGAGAAUAAUAUUGUUUAGGAUUUACAACAUAUGGUAAAUAAGAUUGUUACUCAGUGCCUUAAGACUAUGGUAAGGGUUUUUUUUAAAGAUUAAAGAUAGUGAUGAAGAAUUAGGCAAGGGUAAAGUUUAUUUUUAGAAAGGUAAGGGUUGGGCUAAAGUUAAAGUAGUCCCAUACUGUUUCUAAAGCCUGAUAUGGAACCUACCUUAAAGACAAACCCAUGCUUAAAACUAAAUUUAUUGUUCAAAUUUUCCAAAAUGUAAAUAAUGAAUUACUAUAUUGUAAAUAGGAUAGACUUUAUUUUAUAUACUGUGGAUUCCCUUAUAUUUGUGGAUACAUGUAACAAUUACAUGUAAUAUUGUGGAAUUGUUUUAAUUUUGGAUAUUUGAUUUCAUGGUUUUGCCAAAUAGUCUUCAUACCAGCAUAUAGAAAUGUUUGCUGUGUUAAAGAUAUAGAUGUGUGGUUUAUAUUUAUCCACAAUUUUUUUUUUUAAAUGUGAUCCUAAGAAAAAUAUUGAAUCCACAUGAUUCCACAGUAUAAAAUUUUUAAUUUUAGUCU